CCGUCCGAUAACCAAGAAAAAUGUCAAUGACUGGACCACUCGCACCUCUACCAUCUAUAUCCGCGAUAAUACGAAUCUCUUCAACGUGAUUAUUUCGAGGUUAACCAAAGAUAAACAAUUGUCUGUUAAUUUUAAUUAUGUAGUGUAUAAAGUUACUGAGAGUAAAUAAGAAAAAAAGUUAAAAUAUGAUUGUCCCUCUUGCUCAUCAAAUAAAUGCUCAGCCUCGCACUACAGACAUAAUUAUUGAAGAAAAUGUAUCCUUUUAUCAAAUGGGUCUCUCACAAUGCAUAUUAAAUGGUUUAGUAACUUGCGGUUUUGAAAAACCUUCUCCUAUUCAACUGAAAGCAAUACCAUUUGGAAGAUGCGGUUUCGAUUUACUUGUUCAAGCAAAAUCAGGAACCGGCAAAACUGCUGUUUUUGGCAUUAUUGCUUUGGAAAUGAUUCAUUACAAUAAUUUAUUCCAUCAAGUUUUGAUCUUAGUUCCCACUCGAGAAAUAGCUGUGCAAAUAUCUCAUGUUUUGGCUUCCGUUGGUUCUCAAAUAAAAGGAUUAAAGGUUGAUUUUUUCGUGGGAGGAAUGCCGUUGCAGCCUGAUAAAAACAAGAUUAGUCAUUGCCAUAUUAUUGUCAGCACGCCUGGUCGAUUGAGGCAUAUGAUUGACAAAAAACUCAUUAAAAUUGAUAAUGUGCGGCUAUUUGUCUUGGAUGAAGCUGAUAAAUUGAUGGAUAAUAGUUUUCAAAAAGAUGUCGAUUACAUCUUUUCGAAAUUGCCGAUAAACAAGCAAGUAAUAUUAUCAAGUGCUACGUAUCCAAAGGAUUUACAUUUAUUCGUCACAAAGUACAUGCGAUCUCCAUUAGUAUGCUCACCUGAUGAUAGCAGCCCUAUUCUUUUGGGAUUGCGGCAUUUCGUUGUUAUCGUCUCUAAUCAUCCUAACCUAAUGAAGCAAGUAAGAAAAAAAAUGGAAGAAUUGCUGAAAAUUUUUUCGAAGAUAAAGCUUAAACAAAGUUUAGUGUUUUUCAAUUAUCAGUCAAGGGCUCAAUCAGUUUGUAAUUAUCUUAACAGCAACGGUUUUCAAUCAAUGUAUAUAACAGGUAAUCAAGAUAUGAAGAAGCGUUUGAAUACAGUAGAACAUCUGAAAAAUUUUAAAUGUCGAAUACUGUGUACGACUGAUUUGACCGCUCGGGGAAUAGAUGCAGAAAAUGUCAAUUUAGUAAUAAAUUUUGACGUUCCUCAUGAUAGCGCUACAUAUCUUCACAGGAUUGGUCGUGCUGGGCGGUACGGUUCUUAUGGAUCCGCAAUCAAUUUGAUUUCUACUCAUGAACUAAAUACUUUCAAAGAUUUACUUUCAUCCAUUAAUUUUCCAAAUAGUGCGAUUUAUAAACUAUCUAGUGAUUACUCUCAAGACAUUUGGACAAAAGAUACUGAAAAAUUUCAAUUAUUUUUCGAUCAUGUAGAGUACGAUCAAGAUGCCGGAAAUACUUCAGCUAUUAAUAAUUGUGAUAUUAGUUCUUAUGACUUAGAAAAAAAUGAUAUUACUGAUAACUUAUCUACUUCUAAUAAUAGAAUUCGCAUAAAAAAACUAGAAAUUUAUUCUAACCAGAAUUUCGAAAUUAUAGACGAUAGCAACAACAAUCUCAAAUCUGUAGAACUGGAAAAUUUUUCAGGUAAACCAUUCAUAGUCACUGCACAAAAUUCUAGUUUAUCAAGAAACAUAAGAUUUAUUAAUAUAGAAAAAUUGAUCGACUGCAUAUACAAUAUCAAUAAAAAUGUUAUUUUGAAAAUCGAAUCUCCAAUUAUACAAACACCUUUAGCAACUAGAGAUCCAACGCUUGUUUAUAUAUUGAAGUUGAAAACCUCACUUAGAAAUCUAUCGACAUUCCAAACAAAUAAUAGAACAAACUCGUUUAUUUUAGGUAUUAAUAAUGUUAUCAAAAAUACUAAAUCAAGUCACAGCAGUAGCAAUCUCGUAAAUUACAUAAAAUAUGAUAUACGUAUCAACAUUAAUUCAAAAUCAUCGGCCUACGAAGUACAAAAAACAAUUAAUUCUAGUGAAUUUAGCUUAUCAAAUAAACUAUUUUUUGUGAAAUUUAAUGAUUUCAAAUACUUAAAUUUAAUAAAUUGGUAUAAAAGAUUUUUAUUUAAUUCCACUAUAGAAAAUGAUACUAGUAUUGAUUUUAAUAAUACUGAUAAGGAAAGUAUUUCAGAAAAUAUAUUUUUAGUAAUCAAAUGUUUACAGCAUGAAGUAGAAUUUCUAAAACAGUUAGAAGGAUCAUAUCUGGAUUCGCAAACCACAGCAAGAAAAUUCAUUUUUGAAGAAUAUUGGUUGCACUUGAAAAAUAUUUUUAAUAUGAUUAGAAAAAUAUUGUUUCCUAUAUAUUUUAAGAGUCGAGAGAGUUUUAAUGCAACAAACUCACAAGGUAAUGAAAUUAAACAUUUGUUUGACCGUUUGAAAAAAAGUUCAGCACAUUACUCUAUUAACAUCUGGAAAAUUCAUGAAUUUUUCUUCGGUCAAUGUAUGACCGAACCUGAUACUAGAAGUUACCGUGAGUUUGCAACAUAUUUUUAUUUUAAUUUAAAUCUCCACACUGACCUUUUGAAAUUAAAAAAAGAUUUGAUUGUUUUUACUAAAAAUAAAAGAUUAAUGUUGGAAAAUAUAUUAAAAUCAAAUAAAAGUAAGAAAAAAAAAACAUGCAACAAAUUAAUUGAGAAUCUUAAAAUUCUCUCAAAAGAGAGUAACGUAACAGAGAAAUUCGAAUAUGAAAAAAUUAUUUACUUAGGCAAUGGUACAGACCGAUUCGACUGUCAAAUAGAUAAAUCUAACGGAGUGGUUAAUAAAUUGAGUAAUGAAAAAAAAACUAAGUUCGAUGUAAAUGACAACCAUUGUAAUAAACGCUGUCAAAACGUCAGUAGGAAUAAUUAUUAUAUGGCACUAGAAACACCACUUGACACAAUAGUAUACGAGUCCCAAUCAAUCAAUUGUAAUUCAACCUCAAAUGUCAAUGAAUAUUUUUCUCAAUUAGGUACACAAAUGAGACGAAUUCAUACAGAAUUAUAUUGUUCUUUAAUGUCGCAAGACAUUUAAUACGAUGUUAUAUUUGUACAAUUACAAGUAAACUUAUAAUAAUACAUACAUUGACCAAAACUCUACAAUGUAAAUAUUUCGAUUUUUUGACACAAUUUUAUAUUUGUAGGAAACAAUUACAGGUGUAUCUUUCAAUCGUAUCAAAUAGUCUCAUCUCAUUUUUGUGAGAGUUCGAGUGUAAAAUCUUAUUGACGAUGCUAUA